GGUGAGCGCCCCUACACCUGCACCCACUGCGGGAAAACCUUCGGGCGCAGCGCCCACCUGGCCCGGCACCAGGAGACCCACUCCGGCGAGCGCCCCUACAAGUGCACCUACUGCGGAAAAGCCUUCGGGCGCAACGCCCACCUGACCCGGCAUCACGGCACCCACACCGGCGAGCGACCCUACCAAUGCGGCAUCUGCGGCAGAGCCUUCACCCGUGACGCCCACCUGACCCGGCACCAGCUCACCCACACCGGCGAGAAGCCCUUCGCGUGCGGCGUCUGCGGCAAAGCCUUCACCCGCAGCGCCCACCUGGCCCGGCACCAGGGCAUCCACACGGGCGAGAAGCCCUUCGAGUGCGGCGUCUGCGGCAAAGGCUUCACCCGCGAGGCCCACCUGGCCCGGCACCGGGCCACUCAUACCGGCGAGCGCCCCUACAAGUGCGCCAACUGCGGGAAGGGCUUCGGAGCCACCUCCCACCUCCUUCGCCACCAGCGGACCCACCAGGAGUAGCUGCCCCCAGUGCCCUUUCCGGUUCCCGUACCGCCACCCUCUGGGUUCCCUCUCCCUUUGGGGAACUGAGAGGUUGCCAGCUGCUGUUUC